AUGAAGAAAUCCGAAAGAAGUUCAAUCAACCGUAAACGACCACUUUCCAUACAAAAUGAAUCAAAACAACGCUCAGCGGCAAAAGUAAGGUCAACUUUUCUCCACCAACCAUUCACAAUAACCCCAAUGCCAAAAUCUCUAAGGAAUAAGCAAAAUAUUCUAAGUACAAUAAGCGACAGUAAUCGCGAGCAUGGAACGCUUCCAAUGGAGUUGGUAUGCAAUAUCCUUUCGUGGCUACCAAUUGAAGAUCUUCUCCGUUUUAAGAGUGUAUGCAAGCGUUGGCGCGAUGAAAUUAACAGCCCUUAUUUCAUCAACUCUCACAUUCGCCGCAUAAAAAAUAGCAAUACAAGCUCCCUCGUCAUAGUCUUUUCUCCCAAGUAUAAUAUUCUUAUGUCGAUUGAUUUUCACUAUCCUGAGAAUACUAAGGUCAGGCCUAUAACUCCUAAUAUCCCUCUUGACAGACGACCCUUCCUCAUCGGUUCUUGCAUUGGUCUUCUUUGCUUUACACAUUUGGAGUAUUCUAUGUCAAAAGAAAGCCGAAGUAGGCGUUUUUCUCUUUACAACCCGAUCACUGGCGCCUCCAAGCUCAUACCUAAGUUGGAAUCUCUAAACCCGAAUUUAAGGAAUGGUUUUGGUUAUGAUUGUAUGAGCGGAGAUUAUAAGAUUUUGUGUCUGGCAACAGACCAAGAAGAUUUUAUGACGACCUAUACUUGUGUCUACAGUUUGAAGAGCAAUUCAUGGAAUGUAAACAUGGACGAACCUUGUCCAUAUUUAUGUGGCAAUAUACCAUGGUCAUCAUAUAUGGUUUUUUCUAAUAAUGCACUGCAUUUCAUAGCUUCGGAAAAGUUAAUUGCGUUUGAUCUUGCAAGCGAAAGAUUUCAUGAGAUACCACUGCCUAGUGAUCAAGUGAUUUCUUAUAUUCAACAAUUCGAGUUGGCUAAUUUAGGGGGAUGCUUGCAUUUGGUUACAUUAACGGAUAUAUGGAUUAUGAAGGAAUAUGGUGUACAACAAUCCUGGACUAAAUUGUUUUGCUUCUCACAAGCGAAUGAAUGUGCCUUAUUUGAUCGUACGAUUUUGGGGCAAAGAAGGUUAACGCCUUAUGCUUAUUCAAAGGACGGAAGGGAAAUUCUAGUAGCUUUAUCCACUCAUCAUCACAUGUUAUUUCGUUUAGAUAUACAAAGUCGAGAGUCCAAGAAGAUCCAAAAUUCUAGUUUACCCAAAAAUUGGGAAAAUUGGGCAUAUUCUGGUGAUGCCAUGCCAUGGGUUGGUUCCUUAACUUCCUUUGUUUAUCCCUCAUUUUGA